GAAGUUUUUUCCUCUAACCUAGUUGCAAAAAGAAGAUAUGGCAACCACAACACUUCAACUUUACUGGGAUCUCGCUUCUUUUGAUCCCAGUGCUAGACAAAUAGCAGCUCAUUCACUUAUAAAGACACUUGCCGAGUUUCAAAAGAAUCACGAAGAGACUUUGGAAAACAAGCAAGAUAUUGUUGAUACCGAAGAGAAGCUUGACCUUCUUUGUGCUUCUGACGUCUCUUAUGCUGUCCGCCGUCUUCUCCGUGGUCUUGCUUCUUCUAGACAAGGUGCUCGUCAAGGUUUCUCCCUAGCUUUAACUGAACUUCUUGCUAUUGUCGAUAUUAUCUCAGCUAAACUUGUUCUUGAACUCUUGUUCAAAUACACCGAACGAACUGGAUCUAUGAGUGGUGACGAGACUCGUGAUAUGUUAUUUGGUCGUCUUUUUGGUUUAAUGUCAAUAGUUGCUGCUGGAAUGAUCGCUAGAGAUUCUACUUUUACUGAAGACAUCAUUCGUAUCAUUGAAAACUUACAUGAAAUGGCAACUACUAAGUCUUACCUUGCUGAAGUUUGUCACCAUGUGGUAAUCAACAUGCUCCCCUACUUGAAGGAUACCAAGCAUCAAACACAAACUGCAGAAAAGAUCAAAGAGUUGUUUUUAAAUGGACCUAUUUCCAAUGUCGAUCAACUUAACCUUGUAGUCGGAAUUCAACGAAAACUUGACAAUGUCGAUUUGUCUGCACAGUUUGCUAAAUGGAAGAGCACCACCAUCUUGGAUCCUGCUAACUUGAACAUUUUGUCCAACAUUCUUAAGGAAAUUCCUAGUGACACACAAGAAGCGUUAGCUGAUUGGAAGCCUCAGCUUCACUCUGUUUGGGAUCCUCUUCUCUCUGUCUAUUUCGAAAAGAAACAACCCAAGCAAAUUGCUUCUUUCCAAGAGUUUUGGACUGCUGCUGUUGACAACACCAUGUUUGACAUCAAUGCUUCUCAUGGUCGUAAAUAUUGGGGUUUUCAACUUGUUGAAAAAGUGUUGCGUCGUCUUUCUCCUGAACAAAUGCCCUUGAUUUUCACUGCUAAUUUCAUGAGAACUUUUAUCAACAAUCUUUCUUCUGAAGAUCGUUUUUUGAAUAAGGCUGCUAGACACACUGCUCAAGUCAUUCAAAGUGUUGCUGAAGAGAACAAGCAAGUUGGUUUUGCAUUGAUCACCCAACUUUUGGGCAAAAACGGUCACCAAAACUUUGAUCGUAUCACUCGUACCAAGAUUGUUGAAAACUUGUUAACCACCUUAGACACUGAAGGUGUCAAGUCCUACCUUGAAUACCUCGCUCAAACCUUUGUCAAGAGUGAUGAAAGCUCAAGUGUUACUAGCCGUGAAUGGGCUUUGAAUCAAAUGACUUUAUUGAUUACUAAUGUCAAGGUCCCCAAGGAAGAAAGCUGGGUCACCGAACUUGUUCAGUUUUUGAUGGCCCAUGCAUUUUUUGAAGUAAAGUCCACUGAUAAAGCUAAAUCUUACUUGAGUGGUCUUCACAAACUUACUCCUGAAUUGUCUGAAGCUUCUGUCAAGACAUGCCAAGAACGCUUCCAAGUUGUCCUUGUUGCACUUAGCAAGUUGCCUCCUUUGAAGCAACUUCAAGCCGAAACUCCUGUCAAGUCCCGCAAGUUACAUGGUAUCACCAACAGUGGUGAAUUAUGGGCUUACCAAGUUUUUGAAAUCUAUCAAUCCCUUGAAAAAAACAAGAAGCUUGCUUCCCGUAUGACUCUUGCUCCCAAAACUCGUGAAGCAACAGAAAAGGCCAUCAAGAUUGUCAAGGAACUUAGAACCAAGAUUACCAAGAUGGAUAAGACCGAAGUUCAUGAUAGUGUCGAACGUGGUUUUGAAAUUCUCUUUCUCAACAUUAUUCUUCAUACGUUGAUCAAUGAAUCUGAAGGUGUUUCUGUCUUGACAGAAUUGACUGAUUGUUACGAAAAGACCUUCAGUGCUCCUAAAAAAGCCACAAAGAAGAAGUCAAAAAAGACUGAAGAUGACGAAGAAGAGGGACAAUUAGACCCUAUUGAUGUAAUUGUUGAUAUUCUUGUUUCUUUCUUGACCAACGAAUCACCUGUCCUUAAGAAUCUUGCUGAACAAGUGUUUGAAAUCUUCUCUCAUAAACUGACUAAGCAAUCCUUAGAAAUGCUUUUGAACAUCUUGUCUUCUGGUGACGAUAAACAAGCUGAUGAUCUCUUUGGUGAAGAUGACGAAGACGAGGAAGAUGACGAUGUUGAAAUGAUUGAUAUGGAUGAUGUCGAAGAAAUUGAAUCUGAAGAUGAUGAAGAAGUCGAUGAAGAGCUUCGUCAAAAGAUUGAAGAAGCCAUGAAAGCUCAAGGUAUCAAUGCUGUCGACGAUUCUGAUGAAGAAUUAGACGAUGAUGCCAUGGCUGCUUUUGACGAAAAGUUGGCUGAAGUAUUCAAGCAAAAGAAGAUUGCCAAGAGUGAAAAGACUACCAUGCAACAAAAUGUUGUACAUUUCAAAAACAACGUAAUGGGUCUUAUUGUGAUUUAUGCCCGCAAAAACCCUACCAAUCCUCUCGUCUUGUCUCUUAUUGUUCCUCUCUUGAAUAUUAUCCGUGCUACUCCCGCUAAAUCUGUCACCAACCAAUUUGUUGAAAAAAUCAUUGCCUUCUUAAAGAACCGUCUUGCUAAAGCUACCGAAUAUCCUAAAGAACAAGCUGAUUUUGUGUUUGAUAUUGUUCAAGCUGUUCAUGACUUUGCCAAGCAUUCUACCUCCAAGGAGCUUUCAGAAAUGUGUAAUCAACUCUCCCUCUAUUUGCAUAAGUGUAUCUUGGGUGGUGCUGAUUUUGAAUUGAACAAGCAAACACCAGCAAAGACAAAGAAGGUCGUCAGCAAAUACAUUGGUAUCUACAACGAUUCUGUCAAAUUAUACUUGUCAAAGAAGUCCACAUCCUUCCAUCCCAGUAUCAUUCAACAAAUGAUACAGCGUUACCCUUUGAGCUCUUGGGAUAUGCUCGAUACUCUUGCAACAUAUUUGAACCGUGCCCAUUGUGCCAACAUUUAUAGACUUUCCAUGGCAUGCAAAUGGACAACCAUCAUCAUUCAACGUACUGUUGGAAAGAACUCUAAAGAGUACAAUCAAAAAUACAUCGCACUCGUUCCUAAACUUGCUGAAUCAGUAAAGGCUACCAUUGAAUUAUCCGUAAAGGACCAAGACAAGAGCUUAGACUAUGAAGGCAUGAAAAACUAUUUGAGAUUUGUGACAUUACUUGUCAGACUUCAUAAGAAGGUUGCACCAGAAACAAUCGAUUUGAAAAAAGUGUGGGAUGCUGAAUUGAUUUCAUCUAUUUCAAGCAAUGAUAAGUUCUCAAAGCCUGCCAUUUCUUCCUUGAUCAAGUCCUUGGACCAAUUAUGGGCAUAAUCCUAACCUAAUAAAAAAAACUUUCUCUUUAUUUUUUC